AGGUGCACAAAAAGGGCUUUAGGUCUGGGAGCAGUUCUUAGUGCCACCUGAGAAGGGAACAUGCCGCCAAAAAGGAAGGCCAGCAAAGUGUCCACCUCACAGGAUGAGGUGGACUUGAAGAGCCUCAAGGUUGCGGACUUGAAGAGCCUCAAGGUUGCGGACUUGAAGAAGAUGUGUGAGACAAAUGGCCUGGGUAAAACAGGCACCAAGACCCAACUGAUUCAAAGGCUCCAGAAACACCAACAGGAUGAAGAGGAACCACCAGCAAAGAUGAAGAAAGAGGAGAGUGAGGGGACGAAGAUGAAGAAAGCCUUUCAGGCCCUGAAGGAAGAGAACCCAACAGCGAAACGGAAAGCCAAGGUCGAUCAAAGCUGCCCCCUCAGCAACGACUCGGAUGUCCAAGUAUUGAAAGACUACGACUCCAUGCUGAACCAGACAAACAUUGGACAGAACAACAACAAGUACUACGUCAUUCAAGUGCUUCACAACAAGAGGACUGGGAAUUAUUGGACAUGGAAUCGAUGGGGACGGGUGGGGGAGGCAGGUCAGACAUCACUGACACCGUGUGCUAAGGAUGAAAAGAAAGCCAUCGACUUGUUCAAGAAGAAGUUCUCCGACAAGACAAAAAAUAAGUGGGAGAAUCAGAACAACUUCACACCUUACCCUGGCAAAUACACUCUUCUCGACAUGAGCGGAGAGGACGAGGAGGAAGAGAAAGUGGAAGUGAAGGAGGAGAAGGGGAAGAAGAAAAAAGUGAAAGGCUGCUCUUUGGAUAAGGCCACACAGGAGCUAAUCUCCUUGAUCUUCGAUCAUGAUAUGUUCAACAACGCCAUGAAAGCCAUGAACCUUGACACGAAGAAGAUGCCUCUGGGGAAACUGAGCAAGCAACAGAUUGCUAAGGGGUUCGACGCCCUCCUCGAACUGGAAGAGGCCAUCAAAAACAAAAAGAGCCAAGAUGUCCUGUCCGACUUGUCGUCCAAGUUCUACACUCUGAUCCCUCACGACUUCGGACGCAUGAGGCCAACUGUAUUAGACAAUGCAGACUUGAUUCGAGAGAAGAAGGACAUGCUGCUUGUUCUCAGCGACAUUGAACUUGCUCAAAGCAUGGAAAAGGAUUCUACGAAGAAGGAAGGAGAGAAAAAAGAGAUGCCUCAUCCACUGGAUGUCAAGUACGAACAACUCAAAUGUCGCCUCACCCGACUGGAUCCAUCCCACGAGAUGUACGAGAUCCUCCAGACCUACAAGGAGAAGACCAAGCCUGAUAACACGAAACUCCGAAUCCUGGAUAUCUUUGAGAUCAACAGGGAACCAGAAGGGCUUCGUGCAAAGCGUCAUGAUGGCAUUUCGAACAGAAAGCUGCUCUGGCACGGAACAAACGUUGCUGUCGUUGCUGCCAUUCUAAAGGAAGGCCUCAGAAUCAUGCCCCAUUCUGGAGGACUCGUCGGAAAGGGCAUCUACUUUGCCUCCUUGAAUCAGAAGAGCUAUGGCUAUGUGGGGUCGACGGGAGGCUGGGGAGCAAACAAGGAGAAUAUAGGAAUCAUGUUCCUGGCAGAGGUCAUACUUGGCAACGAGCACUCCGUCUUUCAGUGUGAACCGAAUAUCACGAAGGCUCCUGCUGGCUGCGAUUCAGUUGUAGCUCAAGGACAGAUUGAACCAAAUCCAAAGGAGGACAAGGUAAUAGUCCUGGAUGGGAAGCAGGUGAUGGUGCCACAGGGAAAGCCAGUCAAGAAUCCUAAGGCCAAGAAUACUUCAUUUUAUUUCAGUGAAUAUCUUGUAUAUCAAGAAAGUCAAGUUCGACUUCGCUACCUCAUCAAAUUCGACUGGAGCAACUGAUUCACAAUACCCAGUCAAAGAUCAAAGAUGAUUCGUAGCUGAACUGUAAAUACUUGCAUUGAGUUUUCAGCAAUUUCCUCCACCAUUUGACAGUUUCUUUGCAUGUCAGUGAUCACUAUGCAGC